AUGCUACGUUAUGCUACCGGCCAAGAAUUUGUGUUGUGGUCCCAAUACCUCCUAAUUUCUGUUGUUUCAGUCGACGCAACGCUGCUUCACGAAAUGGACAACACCGCCAAUUCCUUCCUCACUCCAUCUUCCUACUCGGCCAGCUCUGCACUUGAUAACUAUGGCGCAAACCAAGCCUCUGGCAGCGUAUUCGACUCCAAAGGCGAUGACAAUCCACGUGCCUGGUGCCCGCAAUCCCCCAUUCAAGACGACCGCCGAGAGUGGCUUCAACUCGACUUCGACGGUUUGAAAGUGAUAAAACUCCUCAUCACUUGGGGCCUCAGCUCAAAACCCGCCCACUUUGUCCCAUACUUCCUCCUGCUUUAUCAACGCCAUGACGGCCGUUGGCACCAGUUCACCUCGCACAACGGAACGCAGGCACGUCUCACUUGUUUAACUCUUAUUGUGGCAAAUCAAGAUAAUAGUCAACCAAAGACGAUAACCCUUUCUCCUCCCAUUACCGCCCGACGUCUGCGCAUUGUGCCCUACCGAGGGGACCACGCUCAAUUAAUGUGCCUCAAACUUUCCGUCCUGGGACACGCCUUCGAAGCCUCUAUAUUAAGCUACGAGAUACCGGAAGGCGACAUUUACCGAAGUCCAGCCGGGGGUGUAACAUGGGCCGCUCUAAACGACUCCUCCUACGACGGAAACCGGUCUCCAAAACGGACAUCCCUACUUGCUGGCGGAAGUCAUCGGGGCCUUCUGGCUGGUGGUCUGGGGGUACUGGUCGAUGGCCGUAUUUACGCUGGCGGUGAAAUCCGACGUGCUCUCGAAGCACCAUUUUCCCUUCGAAAUAUGCCCCGGGACAGCCGUCAAACGCUCAGUGGCCUUGUUGGCUGGUUUUGUCGAUCCGGUCUGCCGCCGUCUCUAUUAUCUCCGCCAUGCCAAUCAAGGAAUGUCAGUCUGCUGUUUGCAUUUGAAUCAGUUCGACACUUCACGGAGUUGCGAAUCCACGCCCUGAAUUCCUUCUCGGAGAACAUAGCCGUAUUCCGGGAGGCGCUUGUGCAGUUCAGUGUGGGCGGCCGCCUGUUUGAUCGGUACGGUCCACCUGUGUUGUACGAGUAUCAGCGCAACGUCACCUCCUCACAACCAACCUGGGUGGUUAUUCCACUUAACGGUCGAGUUGGACGCUUCGUGAGGCUGAUACUCACCUUCGACAGCGACUGGAUCAUUCUGUCUGAGGUUGCAUUUAACUCAACUCUACUCACAGCGAAUAUAGACGAAGAGGAAAAGGGCGUCUUGUCCCAGUCACCGAUUACUCCGCUUCCCUCCCCUAAACGACACAGAUUCCCAAACUGUCACAUUGCCAAUUUCCGGUGGACAUUACUCGUGACCAGCAACAAGCCCCCAGCUAAGUCCUGGGAUCCAGUCUGGUUGUGGAACCACCUUGAGCCUCUUGCAGUGUUCACCAUAAAACUUAGCCGUCGUAAACAGGUUCUUGCUGCCGUGGCAUUGUGUGGCACCGAAUCAGGUUCACGCGUCGUCACCAUCGCCGCCGCCGCCGCCGCCGCCGCCACCGCCGCCAAUAACCCACACACUUACCCAUUCGUCGCCAGUGACGAUAAAAUCGACACGCCGCAGUGCAGUUCUCUGUCAUGCGACGGUAUUAAACGGAGGAGUUCGUGUGGGGUGUGGUGGGGUGGGGAGGGGUGGAGGAACCGAGUAGACAGUUCCGAUCUGCUCUCCGUAAGACACACGCAACUCGACCAUUCUUUAGUCACCUUCCGUUCCCUACCCCACGAACCGUGGGACAAUUUAUCUCGUCUUGCACCCACGUUUGGAGCUCCCGUGGCAGUUUUCGCCAAUCGGUCGCAACAACUCGGGGGUGCUCUCUCCCCUCCUCAAGCCAGGUCCCCUUCAGGCGACGAAACCGCGGACCUCUCGUUGAUCAUCAGCGCCGUCUGCGUGGUGGGUCUCAUCCUCAUUGUGAGCGUCUUCGUGUACGUCCUAUGUCGCCUGUGCCGCGGUGGUUGCCGUGGCAACCAGGCCUUGACAGGCAAGGCCUCAGCGGCUGACAGAAGCACUGAUAGCGGCGGUCACAAGCCGAAGCUCCUCGAUGGAGGCAACGGGGUUCUACCGGCUAGUGGAGACGGACGGUUUUUGGCCUUCGGUGGGGGGACCUCGACCACCAAUGCCUACUGCCUCGCCAAUACAAUGGCAGCCAAUGACAUCCCGCCGUCGAGUAAAUCAGCUGAUAUGUACUCGCCGUUCAACGCCAAUGGUAAGCUCGGUUUGCUAGUCCUCACUUCGUUUUGA